AUGCCACAUAGUAGACUAAUUCUUUCAGAACUACCAAUAGAUACGAAAAAUAAAGUUAUUAUAUCUCCACUUCAUACACAUAUUUGUUGUCAAGAAGAAAAUACAUUAAAAAUAAUAGAAAUUUCAAGUAAGAAAGAAACAAUAAUUUCUGAAGUAAAAGAAUUUAUUACAGUGUUAUUAGGAAAGAAUGAAGGAGUAGUAUAUUAUACUAAGAAAAGUAUUGUUUUUCAUGGAUUUAAUUCAGGAGAUUUUAUUCUUACAGAAUCAUUAAAUGAUGAAAAAUUAAUUUUACAUUCAACUUAUGAUGCAUUUCUUGUGUGUAUCUUUCGUCCAUAUAGAGUUGAUGUUAUUGGAUAUAAUUCAACAUUUAGACCAUCAAUGUUAUCUCCAUUCAAAAAUUAUUUGUUACACUCAUCACAAAAUAACAUUUUAGCAGUAAUUACAGCGGAUAAAAAAUUACAUUUAUUCAUUCCUCGUGUUCCACCGUUUUCAGUUACAUUAACAUUUUUAACAUCUCUUCCAAAAAAAAAUAGUAUUCAAAUGACUCAAAUGAAACUGAGUCAAAUUGAUUUUUUCUUUCAACUUUCUGCACAAAAUUCAAAUUCAUUUAUGGUUAUUAAUGAAAAAGAUGUAUCUGAUGUUUAUCUUAGUUCAACUUCUGUUUUAUGUGUUAUAGGAGAAAGUAUUAAAACAUAUAAUAUUUGUGAUAUAAAAGAAGAACCAUUACUAUCUACAGGAGUAAAGUCAUAUGCAUUUAUUGGAUAUGGAGGAUGUGGAUCAAUUAUUAUGUUAGAAAAUAAAAACAUUAUUUGUUAUGUUAGAGAUGUACAAUCAGAUAGUCUUCUGAGAGGAAUGAUUAGUUUAGGAUUUGAGAAAAUGUGGACAAAGUUAGUAAAUUCAAACACUGAAUUACAAAAUGCAGAUAGAAAGUUAAUUGAGUUUGAAGACUCAAUGAGAGGACUUCGUUUAGAUAGUGCAAAGAAAAUAUUAGAAGAAAUGAAAGAUGUUCAAGUUUCACAAGCGUUAAAGAUUACAGAAGAUUAUUAUAAUUCAGGAGUAGAAAAGAAAAUGUAUUAUAGAGACCUUUCUAUUAUUUCAGAGAUUGGAUUGGCAUGUAUUGUGAAAGAAAUACAUAACAACAACAAACAAGGAAUUAUGAAAUAUGCAGAAAAUGAAACAAAAUUUGUUGAGACAAUUUUAAUGGAAGAAGAUAUGUUACUUUCUAAUGAAAAACAACAAAUAAAGAAAGAAGAAAGUAUGAUGAGAAAAUCAGGGAAUUUUGAAAAUAUUUCAGAACAAACGAAGAUUGGAUUAUUAGAUGGAAUUAUGAAUGGAAAUAUGGUUACAACAAUGAAUAAGUAUGGAUUUAAAUCAGAAGAAAUUAAAGAAUAUUGUAUGAAAUUUGUAUAUCAAUUUGUUGCUAAUCAAAAAAUCAAAGAAGCUAUUCAUUUAUUAAUGAGACUAGGAUACAAAGACAUUAAAUUAAUUAUGAAAGAAUUAUAUGAUAAUACACAUUUAAUGAUUAUUAGAAAAGAGAUUGAAAAUAUAAUGAAAGAAGUAUUAAUUGAGGAGAAUAAAUACAUGAAUGAAUAUGAAGAAUAUUUAGAUAAAAUAAAAAUUGAAAAGAAGUAUGAAAUACGAAUAAAAGAAAUAAAUGAAACACAAGAACAAUUAGAAAGUGAAUUUACAAAUGAAAUAAUGAAGAAUUAUGGAAUGUCAUAUGAGCAAGGAUUUUCAGAUAAUAUUGCUAUUAUUCCACGAAUUGAUAAUACAAAUGGAAAAGCAAUAGGAUUAAGUAUUAAGGAUAUUGAACAAUUAGAUGAAGAAGAAAAAAAUAUGCUUCUUAAAGAAGAAGGAAAACAUGAAACAGAAGAUAUUGAAAUUCAAUUUAAUUUAUUACAUGGAAAAGUAAAAGAAAUUGAAGGAAUACUUAAUACAGGAAAAGAAGAAAAUGUUAAAGAAAUUAAUGAAAAGAAAGAAAUUACACCAUUAAUUGUUAGAAAGAGUAUUAAUACAUAUAUGAUAACACAUCCAAAUGAAGAAAUGAUUAAUAAAGCAGAAAAUGAAGGAAUUAAUAGUGAAUUAAUGAGAACGUUAUUAAUUGGAAAGAAUGAAGUUAAAAGAAAGUAUUUAGAUAUGAUUCAAGGUAUUGAAUAUCUUCCAACAUUUUGUGAAAUUAAAGAAAGGUAUCAUAAUACAGAAGCUCCACAACAAUGGAUGAAAAAAAUUAUUCAAAUGGAUGAAUGGAAUGAUGAAAAUGAAGAAAAAGUUAUAAAUAAUAAAAUUGAUAUUCAAAAAGAAGAACCAGAAGGAUGUGAAAUUAUACCGUUAUAUGAGACAUUAAUGAAAACAGAAUAUAAACCAAUGGAACCAUUUAAAAUGCCAUUUCCACAGAAAGAAAUAAAAAGAUAUGAAAUGAAUUUAAAAGAUUAUUUAAGUGAUAAAAGAAUUAUUGAAGUAAUUAGAAAUAAAGAAGUAAUGGAAGAAAGUAAGAAUAUUCUUUUAUUUAAUAAAGAUAUGAGAGAAAUGGCAAGUUUUAUUAAAGAAUUUUUAGGAGAUAAAUAUAUUCGACUUAAUAUGCUUAUUGCAAAUGUAAUUGAAGAAGAUGGAAAUCAAGAAUAUAAGAAUAUAAUAAGAAUUGAAGAAUUAGACAAACAAGAAGAUAAAAUAGAAUUUCUUAAAUAUUUAGAAAGAAGAGCAGAACCUAUUAAUCUUGCUAAUGAAUUAAGAAAUUAUUUAGCAAAUAGAUGGGGAUUAGAAUUAAGUGAAAGACAAAUUGAAAUUAUAUGUGAGAAUGAGAAUUUAAUAGAAUUGUUAGAAAGUAGUGAUGAACAUGGAUAUAGUAAUACUUUAAUUGAUAAAUGUGUAAAAGAAAAUUGGCCAGAAUCACCAUUAAAAAGUCAUAUUGAAAUUAAUGAAAAUGAAGAAUUUUUAAGUCAAAGUAUUGGAGUUAUUAUGAAAGGAUUUUGUAAUGAAGAAGAAAGUGGAUUAAGUUAUAUGAAUUGGAUAUUUGAAGAUGGAGAAAGAACAUUAUUAUUAUUGAGGUUUUUUGAAAGUGCAAUUAUUGGUAAAACAUUACAAACAUGUCAAACAGAUAAUAUAGAAGAAGGAUUAAUAUAUGUAAUUAAUCAAUUAAUUGAUCAUGAAUUUAAAUGUGAUAGAAUUAUUGAAGGAUUUGAAUUCUUUGAUAGAAAUAAUCCAUUAACAUUUUUCUUUAAGAUAGUCUAUUUUAUUUCUAUUGCUAGUUUUGGAGAAGUUAUUCAAUUAAAGAAAAGACUAAAUGAAGCAAUAAUAAAUAAAGAAUGGAAAGUUGGAACAAUAGAAAAUAUUAUAAAAAUUAUGAAUUGUAUUAUCAUAAAAUUUAUUAAAUUACAUAUUUCAUCACCUGAAUUGAUUGAAAGAUUAUUAAAAGAAUUAUUAACAAUUGAAGAAUUACCAAAAGAAGUUAUUCAAAUAUGUAAAGAAAGAAAAGAAAUAAAUAAGUUAAUUGAUCAAUUUGGAUUAAAGUUAAAAAGAGAUUGUCAAAAAGAAGAAAUUGUUAAUGAAUUAAUCAUAAAUGGAGAAUAUAUUGUGGCACAUUCAUUUGCUGUAGAAUAUGUUCCUAAUGAUAUUUUCUUACCAAUUCAAAAAGAGAUUGAACAAAUGAUUAAAAAAGAUAAAUUAAAAGGAAAAGAACGUUGGGAUAAAAUCAAUGAAAUCAUUUGUAAAAGAACAUGUAGAUUUGUUGAUGCAGGAAAGUAUUUCUUUGAUGAAGCAAUACGAAUGAAUUCAUAUCAAGAUUAUGAAAGAAAAUAUAAAGAUAUUGCAAAUGAAAUGUUAAUAAUUUUAAAUUAUUCAUUAGAAUGGUUAAAUAAAGAAGAAGGUAGUUGUAAAGAAGCACAAAAUAUGAUUAAAAAGGCAGAAAAAUUAAGACAUAUUUAUGAAGAAAGUAAAAGUAAAAAUAUUGGAGCAGCAUAUAUUGAAAAAGCAAGUGAAGAAUCAGUUUAUUAUCUUGUGAAUAGAGGUGAUUAUAGUUUAGCAAUGAUAAUGAAUGAAAAAAUUAGUUGUAGUGAAAUGAAAAUUUUUAAAGAAGGAUAUGAAUUUAUUAUUAAUCCACAAAGUUAUACUAUCCCAAUAAAUGAAGGAAUUGAAUAUCUUGAAAAACUUAUGAAACAAAGUAGUCAAAUUAGAAGAGGAAUACAAAUAUUAAAAAUGAGAUAUUUAAUUGUAUAUAAAUAUUAUCCAGAUAAAUCAGUUAUUUUAGCAUUAUUAAGAGAUUCAAGUGUAUUUAGAAGUAAAUUAUUAGAUGUUGUUAGUACUAUAUGUGGAAUAACUACAUUAAAACAAUUUGCAUCAAAAUUAACACGUUGGAAUUUAAUUUUUGAAGAAACAAAAGAAUUUAUUAAUUGGGAAUUAAUAGAAGAUAAAGAAUUAGUACCAAUAUUAUCAAGAUUAUAUGUUGAUAUGGCAUUAAAUGUAAAACCAAUUUGUAUUACAGGAUAUCCAGUAAAUAUUAUUAAAGGAUUUUUAGGAUUAUUAAAAGAUCCUGAAAAUAUAAUUGAAAUAAUGUUACAAUAUUGUAGUGAAACAGAAAAUUAUUUUGUAUUAUCUGAAUGUUUUUCAUGUUGUUAUAUUGCAGGAGAAAUAAAAUGUUCAUCAGAAAUAAUGAGAAAAUUAAUGGAAGUAAUUUCAAAAAGAAUGAAUGAAAUGUUAGAAACACAAAAUUUAAUUCAUUUUAUUAGAUUUGCAGUAAAAACCAAAACAUUAAAUGAAUUUUUAAUUAAAAAUGAAGAAGACAAAGAAUAUAUAAGUUUACCUAAAAUUGCACUUCAACAAGCAUUUAAAAGUAAAUUUGAUAGUCAACAAAUUAUUCCAUCAAUUGAAGAAAAAAGUUUAUUUGAAAAUCAAAUUUAUUAUCUUUCUGACUUAAAAGAUAUUCAAACAAAUCCUGAAUUACAAUAUCAUUCAAGUUAUGAACAAAUUAUUUCUGAUUGUUAUGCUAUUUUAAAUACUUCAAUGGAAGGUGGUCUUUUUUAUUUUGAAAAGGCUAAUAAAAUCGUUCAAAAUUUUGUUACUACAAUUUCAAAUCAAAUUAAAGUAACAAUGCCUAUAUCAAUGUGGUAUCCUCAAUUUAUAGAAGCAAUGAAAUGUUAUGCUCGUGCUAUUGGAUUCUUUAGAAAUGAAGAAGAAUAUUAUUGGGCAAAUAAAUCAGGACAAAUGAUUGGUAUUUUAUCAUUACAAAUUUAUUUCGAUAAUGUUCAAUUAAUUGGAUUAAAUAGUGAACGAGCUUUAAAUCAAAUGAUGUAUUUUACUUCAUUUGAUGAUGCUUUUAUCUUUGCAAAAUAUUAUAAUUUAUUAGAACCACUAAAAUGGUCUAAAUGUUUAUAUUACCAAUGUAUUAUAAAUGGAAAUAAAUCAUAUUUUGAUCAUUGGUUAUCUGCUUUUGCUUUAGAUAAAACUACUUUGACGGAUAUUUUAGAACAACAUGAAAGAAAUGAAAAAAUGAAUAAUGGAAGAAGAAAAGAUAGCAUUCAUUGGGAUUAUUUCAUUUCAAAAGUAAAAAGAAUUAAUCCUGCAUUAUUUUAUUUAUGUGAAGGUCGUCCUUUAACACAAACUAAAAUCCCUUCUGAACUUAAACUUAUGAUAUUAAACUCAAAUCUUUCACUUGAUUCAUUAAAGUAA